CGAAGUAGACAACCAGCAACGAACGUGCCGGGUUCUGUGUAUCCGUUGUUAUCCACCACAAGUGCCGGGUUUUAACGUGUAUUGCACCCUGAUAAGGUGAUCAACAAUUAAAAUCAUUGAGACAAUAUCGAGUGGUGAGUUGAUAACAAAUGUGAAGUGGUUCAUUGGAAUGUUGUUGGUCAGGUUGUCAGCUAUCUGAUGGAAAAGAUCCAACAAAAAAAUGUGAUUCGAUAGGGACUGAUAAGUGUUAACGGAGAGGGACGGAAGAAUGGAAUCAAUCAAUGUGACUCAUCAAGAUUACUCAGUAGUGAUUAAAUAAACAUUGCGAUGAAAUUGAAAAAUGAAUGAUGUCGAUUGAUGAUUAAAAUUUAAGGACAUGCUUUGUAACUGUGAUAUAAUUACUGAUAUAAUUGCUCAUUAAGUGUUGGAAUACUCAGCGUUAAGUGAAAAGGUACAAAGUAAAAGAAAACAACGGAAAUUGUUGAUAAGUGAUAAAUAAUGGCGGUAAGGUGGCGUGAAAAAUGAAGAGAGCGGUGUAUUGCUGUGCGAAUCAAUGAUAAUCACGAUAUGGAGAUCGUGAAUCAUCGUGUGGUAUCUUGUACCGAGGGAAAUCAUGAUCAGAGAAUCAGAAAAUCUAAGAAAGAUGAACGUGAUCUGUCGGAUUGUGAGAGCGAAACGAGCGAAGUGUUGAGCGUCGGUAGUGAACCGACACCUGGUACCGAUGGGGUUGUUGUUGAAUCUCAGGACUAUGCGACGACAAGAUACCUGGAGAAUCCAUUGUCACGAUUGGAGUACCAAGAUGAUCGUAGACUAGGUCCUGCAUCAUCGCGUUCACCAUCGCCAUCGCCCUCCAACGAUUCAGGCAGUUGCAAUAUUCCUCAGAGCCCAACGAGCUAUUGCAGCCCUCAGCUACCCCCAUCGUCGCCUACGGCAUCCUCAAUACGAUCACCAGCAUCAUCAAGUGCCACUGCCUCAUCACCAGGCAGAUCGGAUACUAUUCAAGAGGGAAUUAUAGCAGCAAGGUACCAAACAGCUCAUCAAUCCUACUCACAACACUUAUUAACAAGAUUUACACGUGAAUCUGAUCUCGGUGAUUAUCCGUCCGCUACCAAGAUAUCCCUGAAUCAUGAAUUACCUUAUCCAAGUGUGGAGAGACUGCAUAGAACACCGAUAAGCCUUCCACUAGCAACUAGACUCUCCUUGUCACCGCCAUCAAGUACAACAGUCAAUGGUCUCCAAGCAACUAGCCCACCAACAGGCUUUCAUCAAAAUUGCCGUGAAACUUCUCUACUUGCUCAUUCAGCUCAUCUUCACGCAUCAACUCAUUCCCUCAUUCAUCAGUCAUCACAAGUACAGCAUGUACCAGCUACAACGUUACUCCAUCAUCAUCAUCAUCAUCAUCAGCUCUCUCAUUACAAUCAGCCACAAUCUCAUAAACACAAUCAGCAGAUACAGCACAGAUUAUCUGUCAGUAAAUUACUUCAAAAUUCACCAAUCAGAGAGUCAUCAAGUCCGGUAUCACCCAUUCGUGAUGACACAAUAAUGAGAAAUAAUAUCUCACCCGCGAACCAUGGCCUUCAAAUUAAUAACAACAAUAGUCAACAUCGAAAUAACAACAGCAAUAACAACGAGAAUAACAAUAGCAACAGUAAUAAUAAUAAUAAUAAUAAUAAUAACAAUAACAACAACAACAACAACAACAACAACAACAAUAAUAAUAGUAACGAUAACGAUAAUAUUCAAGGAAAUUUGAAGUUCAGUAUUGACAAUAUAUUGAAAGCUGAUUUUGGACGAAGAAUAACAGAUCCCAUAUCGUUAAAAAAAUCACGUCCCAAGAAAGUUGUUCAGAGGCCCAUUGAUCUAACCAAGGACGUCCUUGACUCCUCCUCGGAGAGUUCAGAUAGAGGGUCUGAAACGGCAAAUGUAACAAAUCCAUCGUCAGUGACAACGACUUCGGCUACAAGAGCGUUAAAUGGUACAUCAACUACCUCUGGAUCUGAUACAUCAAAGCCAAUGCUGUGGCCAGCCUGGGUUUACUGCACAAGAUACUCGGAUCGACCAUCCUCUGAAAGCCAUUAUUCAGGGAUAGAGAUGAGAGUCCGGGCUGCCAAUGGGAAAACGAGGAAGAGAAAGAGAGAGGAGGGAGACAAAUACCACCCCCGGGCGACAGACCGAUUUCAAAAGCGCCGAAGAAAAUUGACGAUGAGCUUGGUGUACUCGGCAAAACUGUGACCAGUGAAGAAACAACUUUGACAAAAUGAUUGUCAUUCACAUAUUGUUAUUUUUUAUUGUCGCGAAUAUUUUUUUCUAUCAAAGAAGUCAUUAUUGUCGGUCCUUGAAACAAUGUACAAUAUAGUAAGUUUGAUUUUGUACGUAAUGAAAUAAUUCUAAUUGACUGUCGAAACGCCCAAGGCUUACAAUUUUAAAAGAUUUCAUUUCACAACCUUCGAAAUCCCCAAAAUAAGGUUUCUUUUUACUGUAGUGUCUAAUAUCACACAAGAAGCGAGGAAACCAGUACUGAAAUGGCGGUUUAGUGUUGGCUCACAGUUG